GCUUAUACUCUCUUUCUCGUAGAAGAUACAGCACAUUCAGUGACAAUGGACGACAUGGAUAUGGAUAUUCCUCAUCCAGAAGAGCUUGAAUGGCUCGAAGGAAACUCUCACUUUCAGGACGAUUACGAAGAAUUCGAAUCAGCGCAACCCUAUCCCGAUGAUGAUGAAGAAGAAGAAGAUAGGCAACCUAAGUUAUCGAUCCCUUCAAUACCUUCAUCAAUCAUAGACCAACAACCUUCUCCUUCUGAGUUACAAUUCCACAGUAGUAAACGUGUUCGACCAGAUGCUUUCGAUUCAUCAAAUCCUGACAAUAGAUCCGAAUCAAGUGACAAACGUAUCAAGACUGGAGACGUAACUGCCGAGAAUGAAAAUGAAGACUGGCUUCAUUAUUCGCCGCCGCCUGAAAAUGCUGAUGCGCCUGUGGAGGUAAUUUUGGAGGAGACAACUCUUUCUCGAUGGGCUAAUGAAAUUGAAGGUGAUGUUAUUCCGGUGACUGGAUUAGAUGGUGACAGAGUCUAUGCAAAGAUUAAAGCGGUCAACGAGGGUGAUAUGUCAAAGAAGUUGGAUAUGAAAGCGAAUUCUGUAGGUCUAAUUUCAGAAUCCAUAAAUGUCUUAAUGCAAAAGGUGGAAAACAAUGCCUUUACAAAGGCUCUCCAAGCUAGUGCUAGAUGCCAGAAUGACACUGUUCUUUCCGAAAGAGAAGUUUUGCAUGAGAGUCUGUGGGUGGAUAAAUACUCUCCAAGUUCCUUUAUGGAACUGCUCAGUGAUGAACAUACAAACCGUGAGGUUCUCAUGUGGCUAAAACAUUGGGAUUCUUGUGUUUUUGGUUCUUGCAUUAAGACUACAACGGAUGAUGUGUUGUCCUCUCUUAGGCUACAUUCUUCAGUUUCCGAGAACCAAAAGUUGUCUGGCAAAAGAUUUCCUGGAAAGCAGAAAGAGUCUUGGUUUAUGAAAGAAAGUUCUACUGAAACCAAGAACAAUGAAAAAGAUGACAAUGGAUUGAAGGCUAUUAAGGAUCCUUGGAGUAAGAAGUCCAAGGUUUCUAGUCCAUUAGAGCAGAAGAUUCUUCUACUUUGUGGACCUCCAGGUCUAGGAAAAACAACCCUUGCACAUGUCACUGCAAGACAUUGUGGAUAUCGUGUUGUGGAGAUCAAUGCAAGUGAUGACCGGUCUUCAUCCACACUUGAAGCUAAAAUCCAAUCUGUUGUUGAGAUGGAUAUCAGGGAUUCCAUCAUGGCUGAUUCGAAGCCAAGGUGUUUGGUAAUUGAUGAAAUAGAUGGAGCUUUGGGUGAUGGCAAGGGUGCUGUAGAAGUUAUUCUCAAGAUGGUGUCUGCGGGAAGAUCAGACAAGGCAAAAGAAAGUACAUCUAAAGAAGAACAGACUGAAAAAUUGGCGUCAAAAAAGAAGCCCAAAAAAGCAUCUUUGACAAGACCGGUGAUUUGCAUAUGCAAUGAUUUAUAUACACCUGCCUUGAGGCCACUACGCCAGGUUGCCAAGGUCCAUGUUUUUGUCCAACCAACUCUUACCCGUGUCGUUGACAGGCUUAAAUUUAUAUGUAAAAAGGAAGCACUAAAGACUAGCUCGAUCGCACUUACUACACUUGCACAAUAUACCGAAUGUGAUAUACGCUCUUGCUUAAACACUCUUCAGUUUCUGCACAAGAAGAAAGAAUCCCUGAAUGCGCUGGAGAUAAGUUCACAAGUGGUUGGCAGAAAAGAUACAAUAAGAAGUGCUUUUGAUAUCUGGAAAGAGAUUUUCCAGAAGAGAAAAUCUAAGGUAGAAAGAAAGAGUGGUCGUGGUACUCCAUCUGAUGGUUUUGAAUAUCUGCACUCUUUGAUCUCUAACCGUGGUGAUUAUGAUCUAAUAUAUGAUGGGAUCCAUGAAAAUGUUCUUCAGCUCAAUUAUCAUGACCCAGUAAUGAAAAAAACUGUGAAAUGUUUGAAUCAUCUUGGCACUUCUGAUUUACUUCACCAAUAUAUUAUGCGUACACAAAAAAUGUCCCUCUUGGCUUACCAGCCUGGCAUCGCAGUUUCUAUACAUGGUCUCGUUGCACAAAAUGAAAGACCUAAUAUUGAAUGGCCGAAAUCUUUUCACAGAUGCCGAACAUUGUUGUUAGAGAAGAUGGAGAUACUUCGUUCCUGGCAAAUGAAAAUAUCACCCCAUAUUGGAAGACAUUUAUCAGCAAAGUCCUUUGUAGAAGAAUCUAUUUCUCCUUUGUUGCAUAUUCUGUCACCACCAAAUCUGAGGCCGGUGGCUGUGCAUUUAUUAUCUGAGAAAGAGAAGAAUGAUCUGUCACAGCUGGUGACCACUAUGGUAUCCUAUUCAGUGACAUACAAAACCAUGAAAACUGAUGCUCUAUCCAGUAACCCAAGGAAUGAUGUAGGACAUGAUGAUUUGGUGCUUACAUUUGACCCUCCACUAACCGAGUUCAUAAAUUUCAAGGACUAUAGGCCUGGUCAUUUUGUUCCUACCACAGCUGUGAAGCAGUUAUUGUUUCAUGAGGUGGAAAAGCAAAAGAUAAUGCGAGGUAGCAUCUCCAGGCCCACUGAACAGAUACCUGGAUGCAACACAAUAAAUAAACAUUCUGCUUCAAACAGAACUGACAUAUUACAAUCUUCUCCAAUUGACUCUGCACUACAUUCUUCCAACUAUGACAAUGGAAAUGACCCAUUAAGCAUGAAGAAAUCUAUGCCUCUCGAAAAGAAAGACUCACCAGCUUCAGGGUCCAUCAUUAGUUCCUCAACAGGACAAAAGACGAAUAAUCCCUCUUCAAUUAGGAAGAAAGUAUCUCGUAGCUCAGCCAGUUUCUUUGACAGCUUCAGAAAGCCAGGUAGUGGCUUUGAAGUUACCAAACUUAAAAAAGGAAUAGCAGAAACAAAACGAGAUGCUCGCCCACUUCUAUUCAAGUUCAAUGAGGGUUAUACCAAUGCUGUAAAACGCCCUGUUCGAAUGCGUGAAUUUCUUAUAUGAGAUAAUUAUAUUGCAAUGCUCAAUAGAGUGAUGGCCCAUCCAACUUCUUAAUGUGUAGAUGAAUUAUUUUUUAAGGUUGCUUCAUUUACAUAUGAAAAAUCAUAGUUAGGUUAUUGUUGCACUUGCUAUAUAACUUUUUUGUAAUCAAUAUUAAAUAUUCUCAAUGAAGACUCAAUCAUGUUUCCUCUAAUUUUAUGUAUUUGAUAUUUUGUAAUGAUAUAAUAUCUCAUUUU